ACCACACAAAUACGCGGCAAAGAGAGAGAAAGAGAAGAGAAGAGAGAGAGAGAGAGAGAAGAGAGCGGUGGAGUUGAUAAGGGAGAAGCUCUGGAUACAGUCUCUUCCCGUCGUCGGAGACGGACUUUAUGCCUAUUGGCUUUUGAGGUUAUAUUAAGCUUCGUUUUUAGUGGAUUUUCUUCUUUUGAGAUAUGGAACAAGACUACAUCUGCUCAGGCUGCUACCAGUAUCGGGUUUUUUCAUUGCAAGAAGCACUCGAUUGGCGGUUUCUUGCUCGCGCAGAUUUCCUUAUUUGCUCUUUCGUGAACUGCACUUAGUGGUCAGGCCUUCUGCGAUCUUUACGGAAGGUGUGAUGCAAAUUUCUGAUUCAGGGCUGAUGUUUGCAAGUUAUCCUACCUUCACAUAGUCCUUGAGUGUCAUCUAAAUCUGUUCCCUGUGGUCAAAAACUAAUUAGUCCAUCGUCCAUACCUUGUUCUUAUUAGAGCUGGUUAAAGAAGGAUGAUCAUUUCGUAGCUGUGUCUUUUUCUUGAGUCUCUGAACCCCUUGAGUGAAAUGUUGUGAGGAUUGGUUUCGUCCUGUUACCCAGAACAUUACAUUUUCUUGGUGCGUCUUCCAGUCUCAGUAUGUUCUGUCUUUUUCUCUUAGUGUCUUUCUUUUUCCUUGAUGGUCAACCCAUUGAUAGUCAAAGUAAAUAACGGUCGGUCUACCUUGCGGGAGAGUCAUUGUUCGUGCUGCCAUACGAACAUCUGGAGAUUAUAGUUAUAGCCAUAUCAUAAGUUCUCCACAGAUAAAUAUUGGUGGAUACUUUGCUUUACCUAGAGGCAAUGGAGAGGUAUACUUUACUCAAAGAAGUCGGUGAUGGAACUUUUGGGAAUGUUUGGCGAGCAGUCAGUAAACAGACGGGUGAAGUUGUGGCAAUUAAAAGAAUGAAAAAGAAGUAUUUCUCUUGGGAAGAAUGUGUCAAUCUAAGAGAAGUGAAGUCGCUUAGCAGAAUGAAUCAUCCAAACAUUGUGAAGCUGAAGGAAGUCAUCCGGGAAAAUGAUAUCCUAUACUUUGUGUUUGAGUACAUGGAGUGCAAUCUUUACCAGCUUAUGAAGGAUCGCCCUAAGCCUUUUGCAGAAUCUGAUAUCCGAAAUUGGUGCUUUCAAGUCUUCCAAGGCCUUUCUUAUAUGCAUCAGCGUGGAUACUUCCACCGUGAUCUUAAGCCAGAAAAUCUAUUGGUCACGAAAGAUGUCAUUAAGAUUGCUGAUCUUGGCCUGGCUCGGGAGAUCAACUCGAGUCCACCUUACACAGAAUAUGUCUCUACACGCUGGUACAGAGCGCCUGAAGUACUGCUACAGUCAUAUGUAUACACAUCAAAAGUUGAUAUGUGGGCGAUGGGUGCUAUUAUGGCGGAGCUGUUGUCUCUUCGCCCUCUUUUUCCUGGAGCUAGUGAAGCAGAUGAGAUAUAUAAAAUCUGCAGUGUCAUAGGUAGCCCAACUGAAGAGACAUGGUUGGAAGGGCUGAAUCUUGCCAGCGUUAUCAAUUACCAAUUCCCUCAGCUUCCCGGUGUACACCUAUCAAGUCUGAUGCCAUAUGCUAGUGCAGAUGCGGUUAACCUCAUUGAGCGCCUUUGCUCGUGGGAUCCCUGCAAUAGACCGACUACUGCAGAGGCUCUGCAGCAUCCAUUCUUCCAGAGUUGCUACUAUGUCCCCCCAUCUCUGCGUCCCAAGCUGUCUGUACCGAGAGAGUCUCCCGAGCUUCAGCAAUCCGUGAAGCAGUUACCAGCGUCCCUGACUUAUACUGCUAAUAAGCCGCUGAACACUUACAUUGCUCCAAAGACGAAUGCUCCUUUCAGUAAUGGUGUCAACAGUUAUGUUGCUCCACGGACAGAUGUUCCUUUUAGCAAUGGUCUCAACAGUUAUGUUGCUCCAAAGACGAAUGCUCCUUUUGGCAAUGGUGUCAACAGUUAUGUUUCUCCAAAGACGAAUGCUGCAUAUGAUAAUGGUGCAACCCAGUGGAAGGUGGAUACGACUAAUAAUAAUAACCAGAACACAGCAUGGAACAACAAACCUGUGAGGAGUUAUAAUGUUAAAGAUGCGAAGUAUAGACCACCUGGAAGGAAGAUUCUACCAGUAUCUAUGGACAAGAAUUCGGUCUUUUCUCGUGGAGCAUCGGAGACUGCAAAAGCAACUACUGAAGCGAGAUGGACUCAAAGUCGUAAACAACAACCAGCAAUGAAGGCAGGGUGGGUGGGAGAGAGUGGUGACAUGUUCCUCCGGCCAACACAGCCUUCAAAUCCCUACUCUAGGAAAAUCGCUGGUUAAGCCCAAAGACACUUUAACUUAUGACUCAAAUAAGUUACGAACCAUCACCAUCUCCGUCAUCACCAUCAUCAUUUUGCUUCUAAUUAUCAUCAUCUACCCCCGAGAGUCCAAGUUAUCUGAAGACUACUUGUGUUGAUUUCCCUCUUUUGUGUUUCGUUCUUCUAAAGCUAUCUUGUUUGUUCGACAGAUCUUCCGUCUUCAUGACGUGACUACUGUGUUUGGAGUAUUACUUUCAAUUUGCAAUAAAAGCUACACAAUUCUCGAUGAUC